CCAAUCUACGCGGCUUAUACUUGCGUUUCAGACUGUACAUUUCCAUUUUGAGUCCAAACUUGAGCCUAGGAAUCUUUCCAGCACUUUCCUUCUAUUGCUCUAUAUUUGGCCUCUAAAAAAGGUCAUGGGUGGCACACUUUGCUAUAUAUUUUCGAAUACAACCACUUUGGUUUUUGCUACCUACUUUUCUUAGGCUGAAAAUCAAUUAGUGUUCAUUGAGCUUCUCUUGCAUCAGGUUUUGUGAAGAGUAGUGUCCACAAAGAAAUGGGGCAGUUGUAUAAUCGUGAUCAACUCCAUGUCACGGAAGAACCUCCUGUGAGAGCAAAUAAGAGAAGCUGUGGUGUUGCUUCUGAAGAGAGAAAACUGGAGCUUAGGUUAGGUCCUCCAGGAGAUCAAGACCGUUCUGUUCACUCCCAACUUGGUUUCACUACUUCUGAUCCAGAAGCCAAAAGAGUCUGUCAUGAAUUACAAGUUAAGGCCAAAAAUGAAGAGAUAAAGUGGCUGGCAAACACAGCUCAGCAUCAGCCAAAGUCUUCCUAUUUCAAGUGCCCAGUGAUACCUCAACCAGAUAACAAAGCGUGUUCAAAUCCUGCCACUGCUUCAAAGUUUCCCAUUGCAGCUGCAGCAAAUGGCUCUGAUGAGAAAAGUAAAAGCAGAAUCACACAAGCUCCAGUAGUUGGGUGGCCUCCAGUCCGUUCAUUUAGAAAAAAUCUUGCAAACAAAUCAAGCCUUGCGAAGCCUACUUCAGAUCAGUCACUUCUUGAGAUUGCGCAGGAGGAGAGUAAAGGAAAAACCGUCGAUGGUAUUACCAAAGAGCAUAUGUUUGUGAAGAUCAACAUGGAAGGAGUUCCCAUUGGAAGAAAGGUUAAUCUCAAAGCAUAUGAUAGUUAUGAGAAGCUCUCCUCUGCCAUAGAUCAUCUCUUCCAAGUCCUUCUUGCUGCUCAAAGAGAUUAUUCUGCUGUUGAAAAGGAGAACAAGGAAGAGACCAAAGCAAUUAGCGAUUCAUAUACUCUUCUCUAUGAGGAUAAUGAAGGAGACAGGAUGCUAGUUGGUGAUGUCCCAUGGAACAUGUUUGUUUCCACGGCAAAGAGGCUGCGUGUGCUAAAGAGCUCAGAGCUGUCGACUCUACGAUUGAACAGCAGUCGGCAUGAAAAGACACCACUCGAGUCUGCAAUGGAAACUGGAAGAUGAGGAGGCAGCUGCUAUCAUUAGUGGAGAAAUUCCCAUAUCCAUGCAUGUCGGCAUCAAGCUCUAUCUCUUUUAGCUGCGCUGUAUAAUUAAGGUCUUUCUCGUUUAGUUCUCUCUUUUCUUUCUAAUGGCCUAUAUCUUGUAUAAGUGUGCAGAAGAUGAUCAAACAUAAUCUUCAUUUGCUUGUUUUGUGUGAUUAUCUUGUGUCGUUUUUGUACCGCCUAGGUUUUCCGUUUCGGAUAUAUUUGAACACAAUUAUCAAUCGUCAUCAUCA